GUACCUUUGACAGCCGUAUGCCCGACGCGUUUAACAAACUCGGUCAGCUGACUCGCUCCCCGUCUCAAUAUCCCCACUUCUUCUUCCACAAACAUCCGUCAUCCCCAUCUCUCUGGAUAGAGCUUCUUGUGUUGUGUUUCCGAUGGCGAUUCCACGCCCCAACCCCGUUCUCGCUUUCGUACUUUCUCUUUUUGUUCUCCGAGUGACCUUCGUUUAUCCUCUUUCUUCUUUCUGCCCCGUCGACAACUACCUCAUCGACUGUGGCUCCGCGGCCGACGCCACCCUGGACGUCGAUGGACGGUGUUUCACCGGCGACUCUUCCCAAUCUGGGGCAGGGUGCCUCUCUGCUGCCCGAACUAUUUCGCUGAGAGAUCAGAAUCCUCCUCUGGGUUCGUCCCCAAUCUACGAAACUGCUAGGGUUCUCACGAGGCCUUCAAGGUACGAGUUCAAGAUCAGAGACAAAGGGACCCACAUGGUACGUCUCCAUUUCCACCGAUUUGACUCUGUCCGGUAUAACCUCAGCGGAGCCCAGUUUCACGUUUCUGCCAAUGGGUUUUUGCUUUUGAGCAAUUUCACCGGUCAGACCACGGAGAGGCCUGUAAUUAAAGAGUACAUGAUCUGGGUUGAUGGAGAAAAGCUUGUAAUUUCCUUCACUCCCACGAAAAUAUCGAAAAUUGCGUUUGUUAAUGCAAUUGAAGUUAUUUCUGCACCCAAGGAUCUGAUUGCCGAUACUGCCCAGUUUGUAGAUCAUGAGAAAGUUGUGAGAAUUGAUGGAUUGACAAAACAAGCGCUUGAAACUGUGUAUAGGAUUAAUGUUGGAGGUCCUAAAGUGACCCCUUUCAACGAUUCUUUGUGGAGGACUUGGGUUCCUGAUGAUGAGUUCUUAGUAUUGAGGAAUGGGGCAAACCGCGUGUACUCGAGUGCCCGGAUCAGAUACCAAGUGGGAGGGGCAAGCCGUGAAAUCUGUCCGGAUAAUGUGUAUAACAGUGCCCGAGUGAUCAGUAGUGGGAAUGCAUCAGUACCCAACUAUAACAUUACGUGGGUGUUUCCUGUGGCUGAAGGUUACAAAUAUCUUGUUCGAACACAUUUUUGUGAUAUUGCCAGUAUUUCGCUUGGUUUGCUCUAUUUUAAUGUUUAUGUUAAUGGGUAUUUGGCAUAUGAAAACUUGGAUAUGUCCUACCUUACAAAUAUGGUGCUGGCUUCUCCGUUCUAUGCAGACUUUGUGAUUGAUGGAGAUAAUUUGGAUGUUUUGACUGUAAGUGUAGGUCCUUCAAAUAGCAGUUUUCCAUAUAACAUUGAUGCAAUUCUUAAUGGGGUUGAGAUUAUGAAGAUGAAUAAUUCAAUGGGUAGUCUUGACGGGAAGCUCUCAGCAGAAUCUGUUUUGAAGGGUUGCCCUAGGAGGAAUAUUGGUGUAUUGGUCCCACUGGUUGCUGCAGCGUGCUUGUUGCUGGCUGCAUCUGCAGUUAUGCAAAGAAGGAUUAGGGUAAAGGACUCAGUGGGUUGGUCACCAUUGCCAGUGGAUAUUUCGGAAAUUCGUUUAAAAAGUGGCAGUCAAAAGUAAUCAGGUAAGUCAUAAGAAUUAAUGUGGUGUUUUGGAACUUACUGAAGCAUGUUGUCAGACUGAAACUAGAGAUCCCUUUAGUAUCUGUGUGACCAAAGGUUACAGUGAAUUGGAAUUUGGAGUUUCAUGAGCUGCACUUGUUUGAAGGGCGUUGUACCUGUAUUUGUAAGUAUUUGUUUGAUUAUAGCUUGGUGUAAUGAGCUGGAACUGUUUCUUGUUUCUUUGGGGACAUCGGAUAAUGAUUAAGCUCAUAUAUCUAAUAUCGGUUUCUGCGAUAUUAUAUUGCUGUAUAAUUUCAGUGUUACACUAUCAUUUUUUAAGUGUGUUUCGACAUUAUCUAAUUAUGUUUAUUGUUUUCUCAAACUGAAAAAAUGGUUUGUUUCUAUAAAGUUAGUGGGCAUUACCAAA